AGAAACGACAUUACUACUUUUGAUAGAAAAAAACAUAUAUAUAAACAUAUGAUCUUCCAAAUCCAACUUCACUUCAAAAUAAAAAAGAAGAGAUAUAGGAAUUCAAUGGCAGCAAAGAAGGUGACAAGUAAAAAUUGUGAAGAACGACUCCCAAAGUGCGUGUAUCGAAACGACCCGGUUUUGAUAAAACCAAUGAGCGAAACUCCGAAGCAUAUUCUACGACUUUCGGAUGUGGACGAUCAAACAUUUCUAAGAUUUUCGAUAAAAUGUGUUUUAGUUUACAGAGAAUCAAUAGAAGCAGAAUGGUUGAAAUUUUGUCUUUCAAGAGUUCUAGUGGAUUAUUACCCACUGGCUGGGCGACUCAGGGGUUGUCCCAUGGAUCCUCAGAAGCUUGAAGUUGAUUGCAAUGGAGAAGGAGCUUUGUUUGCUGAAGCUUUUGUGGACCUAAAUUCUCAUAAUUUUCUUUCAUUUUGUUCUAAACCAACAAACUCUGCUUUUUGGACGAAGACAACCCUUUUAUUUAAGCCUAAGCUGCUGGAUCCCCUUGAUUUCCCUCCUCUCAGUCUUCAGGUUACGUAUCUCCGAUGCGGUGGUAUGAUUGUAACAGCCGCAAUCAAUCACUGUUUAUGCGAUGGCAUUGGAACGUCCCAAUUUCUGCAUGCUUGGGCCCACAUUAGUUCCCAAUCAAAUCUCCCCCCUCCACUCAACCCACCGUUCCACAGCCGCCACGUGUUAUCUCACCACCAACACCCCACCAAAAUCCCCCCCUUCCCUCUCCCCCAGUAUACCAAAACCCCACGCCCCAACUGGCACCUCGACAUCACUAAAUCCCUCCAAUCUCAUCCCUUGUUGAUCCCCUCCUCCACAAUCUUCACCCAAUCUCAAAUCCUUCUCCUAAAACCCUCCUCCAACUGCACCACUUUCGAAACCCUAGCUUCCCACACCUGGCGUUCCUGGAUUCGCUCCCUCGAUCUCCCCCCUUCCCUUCACGUCAAGCUCCUUUUCUCUGUUAAUAUCCGUAACAAACUUUCCCCCAAAAUCCCUCACGGCUAUUACGGCAAUGCCAUCGUUCUCGGAUGUGCCCAAUCUUCCGUCAACGAAUUGACCCUUGCUCACGACUUAACACCUGUCGUUCGCUUGGUGCAAAACGCCAAAUCCAUCGUCGAUGACGAUUACGUCAAGUCCAUGAUCUUUCUGCUGAAGGACAAAAGUCUCCAAGCCGACUUGUCGGCCACUUUCGUUAUAUCGGACUGGACAAAAUUGGGAUUACAGGACUUGGAUUUUGGGUCAGGGAAGCCUCUUGAAAUGAGCCCUUUGGCUAGCGAUGUCUUCUGCUUGUUUCUGCCGGUAAUCGGAGAUGUUAAGGCUGUGAGGGUUCUCGUGUCACUUCCGGCGAAUGUGGUUGAGAAGUUCGAGUAUUAUAUGACCGGUGAGUGGUUUCCCGAUAGAGAAACGAACGUUUGAUGAAAGGAGGCCCACAUACAAUGGGCUAUUUUAAAUGGGCCUUAAUUGGUGAUCUUAUCUGACCGAUAGGCCCAAAAUGGUGUAUAACCCGCCCUUUUCAAUUGUCGAUAAAAUGAAAUAAACACUUAAUAAAAGGCUAGUUCUAGUACUUGUAAGAAUAAAA